AUGCACUUGCACACGUGCGAUGUGCCGGACGGCCCCAUCCCCUACAACCACCCUUGCUUGGCAUGGGAGCAGGAGCGCUUGCCUGUGUUGAUGGCAACGCAAACUAGCACCUCCACCUCGCCAGAAGCUUCUCACUGCUUCCAGAUGGCUGGAUGGUGUUUGUUUGCGAUGAUGGCCAUCGUAGCAAUGGUUCUUGCUUAUCGCAACCAGCAGCACCAAAGCAAGAUAUCCAAGCAAAGGUUGCUCUUGAUGGUGUUGGCUUUGCGAGUGACGGAAUAUGCGGAGGCGUUCGAAACCACAUGGCGGGAGAAGCAAGAACAGCAAGAACAGCAGAGAGAGCUUUCGGAACAGCUCGAGUCGUUGGGCGCCGCGUUGGAGUCCGCUAACGCCAUCCUUUUCGACCCUGAGAAUCCAGAGUCCUUGAGUUGGGAGGGGUUGGCUUCUGCGUGCGAGGAGACUAUGCAGCAACGCAUGGAAAUGCCGUUUCCACAAUGGGUGAAGUGGACGGCAGCAGGCAACAAUGCAGUGUUUGCGCUACGGACUUGGGGUGGGCUCGUUUGGAGAUUUUUGGAUCGGGCCAUCAUCGAAGUGAUCGCCUGUGGCAGUUGUGGUGGUGGUCUCGGCAAAAGGCUGAUGAAGGAUAUGUUGGGAAGAGUGACAAAGAGUGUCGGUGUUUUCUACUUCGUUUUGAAGGCUCUUACGGGCUCCGAGAAUUUCUGGGGAUCUCAAGACUUCGAGCUUUUGGGCCACGAGCCCGACGUAAGCUGGUGGCCAAGCUGCCCAGAACCCGUCCGAAGGGCGCUGCAGCGCUAUCGGACGGCAUCUUCCGGCUUGCCGACUUACGUCAGGCGCUUCGAGUCCGUCCGGGGCGUGUUGCCCGAAGGCAUGGCAUGA